AUGGGUAGCCAGUUUGAAAGUAACCUCAAAUGCUUCCUCAUCCGAUCUCUUUACAACAAUCGCGGUGACUCUAUCUUCUUCAACGAUACACGAGGGGACUAUCCUGACAAAGUUUAUGGUCUAUUCCUCUGCAGCGGUGAUGCUCCAGCCAGCGUCUGCCAGAAUUGCAUUGACGUGGCCAGCAAUGAGAUUGUUAAAGAUUGUCCCUUCAAGAAAGUGGCAAUUAUAUGGUACGAUGAGUGUUUGAUUCGCUAUUCUUACAGAUUCUCCAAUCUGAGUAUUGUGGCAACUUCCAAUCCUUCGAAUCAGAUGAGUAGUAACCCAUCUUCCUCCAAGAAACAACCUAGCAGUCUAACAGGAUUCAUAUGUUGUAGUCUUGCAAUUAAAAUAACUUCAUUCUUGAACUCUCGUAAUCCUUGGCCAGAACUUCUUGAGAAAGGUAGGAAAGGAAAAACAAUUGCAAUCAGUAUCAGCAUAACUCUAUCAGCAUUCCUAGUGCUAUCUCUACUUGGUGCUUGUAUCUACUACCAAAGGAGAAGGAAAAAAGCAAAGAAAGAAGAGAAAGAAAACAGCCAAGAAGUCCAAUUACUUGACUUGGGAGGACAAUUUGGUGAUGAAUACAACAGUAAAAAAUUGCUACGCGACAAGCACACAAAAUCACAAGACUUUCCUUCAAUCCAGUUAGAUCUUAUACAUGCAGCUACAAAACAUUUUUCUGAAGAAAAUAAGCAUGGAGAAGGUGGAUUUGGUCCAGUUUACAAGGGUACAUUAUCAGAUGGCAAGGAAAUUGCAGUUAAGAGACUCUCAAGAAGUUCUGGUCAAGGAUUACGAGAGUUCAAGAAUGUAGUUAUUUUAAUUGCAAGACUACAACAUAGGAAUCUUGUUAGACUGUUGGGUUGUUGCUUGGAAGGAGAUUAG